GAGAGUGAUUAAAGGACAAUAAAAAAAUAUGAAUGAAAUUUUGUGUUACCUAUUAGGUUUAAUUUUAUUUAUAUUAAUUGCAAUUAAAAUUUAUAUUAAAUUAACGACAGGAAAAUGUCGAAGCACAAAUCAAAUGAAUGGAAAAGUUGUGAUAAUUACCGGUGGAAAUUCAGGAAUUGGAAAAGCUACAGCUAUGGAUUUGGCAGCUCGUGGUGCCAAAGUGAUAUUGGCAUGUCGAAAUUUAAAAACAGCAGAAAAAACUAAAGAGGAAAUUAUAAAACGGACAAAGAAUAGCAAUAUAAUUGUAAAGCAAUUAGAUUUAGAAUCACUACGAUCUGUAAGAGAAUUUUCAAAAUAUAUUCAUGAAACUGAAAAUUGUAUUCAUGUGCUAAUUAAUAAUGCUGGAUCAGCAAUACGUGGAAAUCGGUUAACCGAAGAUCAAUUAGCAGUUACAAUGCAAGUGAAUCAUUUUGGACCCUUUUUACUAACUAAUCUACUUUUAGAUUUACUGAAGAAAGCAUCGCCAAGUCGAAUAAUAACCGUAUCGUCGAUGUUACAUCGUUAUGCAAAACUAGAUUUGACCAAAAUAAAAACUGGAUAUGAUACAGAUUUUAUAACGUAUUGUAAUAGUAAAUUAUGUAAUAUUUUAAUGGCAAAUGAAUUUGCUCGUCGAUUAGAAGGUACUUUUGUUACAUCCAAUAGUUUGCAUCCUGGAGCCGUAAAUACAUACCUUUUUCAACAUAGACCAUUCAUAUUUCGUAGUAUAAUCGAAUUUUUCGCUUCUAUUUAUUUCAAAACGGUUGAAGAAGGUGCGCAAACUUCAAUCUAUUUAGCUGUAUCCGAUGAUGUAAAAUAUAUUAGCGGUGAAUACUAUGAAGAUUGUAUUGAUUCGAAAAUUUUAAAUCAAGGCAAGGAUGAGGCUUUAGCAAAAAAAUUAUGGGAAAUAAGUGAAGAAGCUGUUCAAUUGCAACCGCAUGAAAUUCAUUUAUAAUAUUGUAUUUCUUAUUAGCAGUUAAACGCUUAACAUAUGUGUCUCACGUUCCUAACUUUAAAUGAAUAUACAGGAUGUUUUUCAAAAAAUUUCUACUCUUAUAAUUCGAAAACGGAAUAGAAAAUCUUAAAACGAACAAAGCGUUGAAUUAAUAAAUUUAGAUCGCCACGUUUUAAGGGUAAAUGAAAAUACUGCCAUACCCUUAGAUCAUGAUGUUCUAAGGCAGAAUCUAUAGUUUUUUAUAUGGAUGCAUCUUCAUGGUGAUGGAAUGGACCUGCAUAUUUUGUAACAGAUUCUUGUUCUUUACUCAAAAAAGCAAUUUUUUUUCGAUAUCUCAAUUACCUUUGUCCGCCUAAUUCUUUAUCCUCCUGACUCUUUGUCCUCCUCUCUUUGUCCUUUGUUUGUUUGAGUGCUAC